AUGAUCGAUGAUGACUGGCAUGGUGAUCGACGCAUUAGUCGGCUGCGACGAAUGGUGGUCGGAAUUCGAGCAGGUUCAUCGGAAUCAACUCCGGGUUUGGCUACAAAGGCUGAGGGACGCCUGUUAGACACAGAAGAUGUAUUGGAUGAAUUCGAGAUUGAAGCAUUGAGGAAGCAAGAUCGGAAAGAGAGUAGGAUCGGAGAGAAGAGAUACAUUAUUGGCCAAGGCAUGACCGGCGCUUCGACAGGGAGACCCACUCCUUCGUGCAAGCAUCGGAGUUGGAAUAGGAGGUCUGGGAAAACGGCUCUUGCCGAACUGGUUUUCAAUGACAUUUGUGUGCAUAAUCACUUUGAGUUGAAACUCUGGGUGUGCGUUUCCGAAGAUUUUGAUCUGCAACUAUUGGUGCUAAAAUUCGUUAAAGCCGAAAGGGGUGGUGAUGGAGACCUUGGAAGCAAGAACUUGCAGCAAUUGCAGAUGGCAUUGCGAGACUGCUUGAAUGGUAAAAGCUAUACCCGGAGAGCUACCGGAAGCAAAAUCAUUAAAGGGGAAGAGAAACAAAAUCCAAACCUUGUGGAAAUUGGCGAGGAAAUUGUCAAGAAAUGCAAUGGAGUUCCACUGCUACUGAAGACAUUGGGGAGUAUGCUUUUCUCCAAAACUGCAGAGCGGGAGUGGGAACUUGUGAAAAAUAGUGAGACUUGGAGAUUAAUGGAGAAAGAUGAUGAAAUGGUUUAUGUUCUAAAACUAAGUUAUGAUCAACUGUCUCCUCGGCUGAAGCAAUGUUUUGCUUAUUGCUUACUCUUCCCCAAGGAUUAUGAAUUUAUCGAGUUUGGGUUAAUCUCAUUUUGGAUGGCUCAUGGUCUGCUUGAAUCAUCGGAUGAAAAUGAAAAUCCGUUUGACAUUGGUAGGCAGUAUUUGAACGAACUGUUGUCAAGAUCUCUUUUUGAAGAUUUUAAUGUGGCAUUUCUUUAUGGUGUAUUCAAAAUGCAUCAUCUUUUACAUGAUCUGGCUCUAUUGGUAGCGAAGAACGAGUGUUGUUUGGUAAACACUUUCAAGGAAAAGAUUGCCCCAAGUAUCCGGCAUGUGAGGCUCAUAAACUCCGAUUCCUCCAACGAAAGUGCUUCCGAUUUGGUAAAUUAG